AUGAGGCGCGGUCUUUUGAUUUUUCUCUUAAUCGACUUUCUCAUUCUCUUCCUCCUGAUUCAUAAGGUCUCGACGCUGCUGUCGCUACUCUUUGAAAAUGCCGCCGCCGACGCGAUUCACCGCGCCGAAUUACCCUUGCCGAACUCCACCCUGAUCGAACAUCUCCCCCAAAUAAUCCCUAAGAUUAUUCACCAGACCUACAAAAGCGAAACCAUUCCAGAGGUCUGGGUUGAUGCCCAGCAGAGCUGCAUUGAGCUGCACCCAGACUACGAAUAUAUUCUAUGGACGGAUGAAAAGUCGCGCGACUUUAUCGCCGCUGAAUAUCCUUGGUUCCUCGAGACUUUUGAUGGCUAUAAAUACCCCAUCCAGCGCGCAGACUCGAUCCGUUAUUUCGUUCUGGCACACUAUGGUGGAACUUAUAUCGAUUUAGACGACGGCUGCAAUCGUCGCUUAGACCCCCUGCUCACUUACCCCGCAUGGGUGCGUCGCACUGUACCCACUGGUAUCUCUAACGAUGCAAUGGGCUCGGUGCCCCAACACCCCUUUCUUCUGCGUGUGAUCAGAUUGCUGCAGCAGUACGACCACCGCUGGCUCCUCCCCUAUAUUACCGUGAUGUACUCUACCGGGCCGCUGUUUCUAUCCGUCAUCUGGAAAGAAUAUAUGCAGGAUGGCCCGUCCGAAAUGAACCGUGUCCGCAUUCUUAUGCAGGAUGAGUACAAGAAGCACUCUUGGAGUUUCUUCACCCACCACACUGGAAGUAGCUGGCAUGGUGAGGACGCGCGUUUCAUUUUCUGGAUGGGUCAACACUGGAUGUUCAUUACCUUCUGCGGUAUCCUCCUCACCGUCGCCGUCAGCUUCUGCCUCUUCUGGACUUAUAGUCGAAUUAUGCUUUUAGAUGCUCAGUAUCGCUACCGCUAUUCCAAGGUACAUUCAGUCAUCAGCCCCUUUCGCUUGUUAUCCUCGCCCUCGAGACGCGCCGGUCGCAUGAUUCCGACACUACUACGCAGCGUAAGCUUUGAGGGAGACGAGACCUCCAAGACCUUUUAUGAACUCGGUCACCAUGAUGACUGA